AAAUAAGGUAAAAUCAAUAAUGCAAACUUUGGAUGAUGAAAACAAAGAGCUUAGGUAAUAAUUAGAAUCCCUUGAAAAAACAUAUAAAAUCUUAACUGAAGAGCUUUAAAUAUUUCGAGAGAACAUGAAACAAUAUGAUAAAGAAAAAUAAAUAUUGAUGGAAGAAAAAAUAAAAUUGCAAUAAGAAAGUAAAGAGAAAAAGAGCACUGAAUUUGAGAAAAAGAUUAAAUCUAUAAUAGAGAAAUUGCCUUGCCAAAUUGAAAUAAAUAGUCUAAGGCAAAUUUCAUAAUCUACAAUUCAAAAAGCAAAGGAUGCAAUAAAAAAUGUGGCUAUUGCAUAUAAAGAUGCUUAUAAUUAAGAUUAUCAUAAACGCUUAAGUGAUAAACCUUAAUCAUUGUUUGAAUCCUUAUAUAUAGUUGGAGGAAAACACAAAGAAUCUGAAAAAAACUAAGAAUAUUAAUAACAAUAAGAUGGUUAAUUAAAGUCAAAAAUUUUCUAUAAAUGUUAUAAAUACGACAUAAGUGCAAAAGAGAGAAACUUUUUAGAGUCUAUAGAAUCUGAUAUUGAGGGAACUUUAGAAAGUUUACUAGAAGUUGAAAAAUUGGAUUAUGAUAAUAAAAAGGUUGAAGACAGAAUUUUUAAGUAUUUAAUUAUUGAAUAUUUAGCCUUGUUAACGAAAAAAAUAUUAUGGAUAAUUAAUUUUUCUUUAUCAAUAAAAGGGGUUUUUUUGAUCAUUAAUCGGAUAAGUUUGUUCCUUCCAACAUGGAACUGAUAACUGAAAUAAAUAAUGAUAAAUAAUUAUUCCUUAUUUUUUUGGGUGUUGACGAUUUUAUAACUAGUUUUAAAUAAGAUCGCUUCAAGUUUUGGAAGUUUAAAAAAUAUUAUUGUUUGGUGACGUAUUUUCCAAUUUUCGAGAUAUUUGAAUAAGUGUUACAAUUUGUCGACAGUAUUUUAAUAUUUAUACUAGAUUAGAUAUAAUCCAAACCUAAAGAAAAGGUUUUUAACAGCAAUUAUAAAAUUAAUUGAAAUUGGGAUAAAGAGAAAAAAUAUUAGAAAUAAAAUUUAAGUAAAAGAUAUAUUAAGAUUAUGAUUCUUUAAAUAUUAUCCAAGUAUUUAAAUUAUCUAAUUUAUUAGGCAAGUAAAGAAGCAAUAUCAAGUUAUUUAUGUGAUCUAUCAAAAAAAUAUCUUAGUUCAAAUUAACCUAAUUUAGAUUUUAAGUUUAUAAGCAAUUUAACAACCUAAAACAAUUAAGUCCUAAAAUAACACCUUACUUAUUCUGUUACUAAAGAUAUUAGAAUAACAAAUAUGCUUAAAGCAGCUCACGUUGUGAUGUAGAUAUUUUGUAAUCAAUUGAACGACUUUUUUUUAAUUUUAACUGAAAUCCUAAAGGAAGAAUAAAUUGUUUUUUGUAGUGAAAAUAAGAGUAUUUUAGUUUAGGUUUGUUACUUUUUCCAUAAAAUAAUUUACCCUUUUAUUUAUACCUAACCUGUGAAAUAUUAUACCGAUAUGGAUACAUUUUAAGAAAUUUCAAACUAAGAAAGACCUUUUAUAUUUGGAAUAAAUAAAAGCUUUAAUGAAUUUAGAGGUGACCUCUCUCAAUAAAACUGUCCAACUAUUGUUGAAUUGAGUAACAUGAAAGCUACCAUACACUAAUUUACUCCUAUUGAUCCGAAUCAAAUAAAAUAGUUAUUUCCGGAUGAUGAAUUUCAAGAUAUCUUCAACAAUUAUACAAAAGACCCCUUAAAUCUUUAAAUAAAAAAAUGUUAGAUUUUGUUAUCUAGAAUUAAGAUGAAAAUAGAGAAUGAUGUUCUUAAACAAAUGGAAUUAAGUCAAGAUCCAAAGUUUGUAAGCGAUGGUGAAUUAAAUCAAGGGAUUAUUAUAGAUUGUACAAAUAAGAAACUUUCAGAAAAUAAGAAUAGAACUCUUUUAAUGGAUAUUUUUCGGACCACAUAUUUUUAAACCUAUUUGAAACAUCAAUAAAAAUGUAAAUUUUGA